ACUUAGCUUGUUCUGUUUUGGAGCUGCUCCUCCAGGUUGGUGGUGGUUGGCUGCCCUGGUGGUCCACUGUCGUCGUUUCUUCUUUGCUGUUUAAGGGUUCUUCUUCCAAAUUUGAUUAAGAAAACUAGAUUCUUUACGAAGAAGAAGCCGUCCAAAUCAUGUUUCCAUUAACGGGUCGAUUUCUUCCAUCUCAUUUUCAUUUCAUUUUCUAGUCUAGGGUUUUAAGCGACAAAGAUGCCCAUUCAUCGUUCGAGAUCCGAUAAGCAGGAUGUAACAAAACACCCUCGACGAGAUCCCUACGAUGUUCUCGGCGUCUCCAGAAAUUCGACUGACCAGGAAAUCAAAACCGCUUACCGUAAGCUGGCUCUCAAGUACCAUCCUGAUAAGAAUGCAAAUGACCCAAAAGCGGCCGACAUUUUUAAGGAGGUUACCUUUUCGUACAACAUUUUGUAUGAUCCGGAUAAGCGGCGUCAGUAUGACAAUGCUGGUUUCUCGGCUGUUGAAUCCGAGAAUCAAGAAUUGGAACUAGAUCUUUCAAGUUUGAGCACUGUAAAUACCAUGUUUGCAGCACUUUUUAGUAAACUUGGAGUUCCUAUAAAAACGACUGUAUCAGCAACCGUCUUAGAAGAGGCUUUAAAUGGAAGGGUUGAGAUUUGCCCGCUUGAGUUGGGUGAGCCUUUGGUUAAAAAGGUUGAGAAACAGUGUGCUCACUUUUAUUCUGUCAGAAUUACAGAGGAAGAAGCAAAAUUAGGACUUGUCUGCAGUGUCAAAUCUCUUGACAAAAGCAAAUUCAAGCUAUUGUACUUUGAUCUGGAUGAGAAUGGUGGAUUGAGCCUUGCACUACAGGAAGAUAGUGCCAAAAUAGGAAAGGUUACUUCUGCUGGCAUGUAUUUUCUUGGCUUCCCCGUCUAUAAGUUGGAUCAUGCUGCAAAUUCUAUGGUGGCUGCUAAGGACCAGGAUACAUCCUUCUUUAAAAAAUUGGACGGUUUUCAACCUUGUGAAAUUACAGAAUUAAAAGCCGGAACCCAUACCUUUGCAGUUUACGGUGAUAACUUUUUCAAAAGCAUGAGCUACACAAUAGAAGCUCUAUGCGCGGGUUCAUUAAGUGAAGCAAAAGAGAGUCUUCGAGCUGUGGAAGCUCAAAUUUUAACGAAAAGGGUGGAGGUCUCAAAUUUUGAGACCGAGUACAGAGAAGUUCUCCAGCAAUUCACGGAGAUGACUAGUAGAUAUGCUCAAGAGAUGCAGUCUAUUGAUGUGUUGCUUAAGAAUUGGAAUGAAAUACGAUCCUCUUACAGAGUUGUUCCAACAAUGAAGAAGAGCAGUAGUAAAAGCAAGAGUAGGAGCAGCAGCAGUGAAGCCAAGGACAGUGUGAAAGAGGAUGUUGUUCAUUCGAGAGAAAGGAAGUUCUCUACAACAAGGGAUAGGCAAAAGAAGAAAAGGUGGUAUAAUAUUCGUUUGAAACUGGAAAAGCAGAAGCCUCGCUAGAAGAGGUUCUGUUCUGGAAGUCCUUUUUCAUCUUGAGUUGCCUCCAUGUACUCUUUAAACGACUAUAUCUAUGCAUUGUGGUUGAGAACGAGGUGAUCCCCGUUUUCUAGAGGAUAUAUUUAUAUAGAUUAGAAUUCUUUUGGGCUAUAUUGUGAUUCUCAAUUCUACAUGUAAAUCUUCACUUGUUCUAAACUAUGUUGAUCAAAGGAGAGUUAUUUAUGCUA